CGCCUUUAACUCCGCCCUCGACCCUCAUCAGACGCCUCGGCGUGGACGCGGACUCGGGUCCCGGCGCGGCGGCGCGACGCGCCGUCGCCGGGACGCCGUUCCGCGUGUUCACCCCGGAGACCGAACCCUUACCGGUCGCGUCGUCGCUCACGGUGAAAGCGGUGAAAGCGGAGGUGCCGUUCAAGUCCGAGACGCUCGUGACGCGCGAGGGGAUCCGAGUCGACGAGCGGCGGGAGACGUGUUGGAUGGCGGAGGACGGCGUCGGCGGAUUGGCGUACAGCGGCAAGAUCAUGGCGCCGACGCCGUUUACGCCGCUGAUGACGAGGCUGAGGGACGAAAUUUACGACGUCACCGGCGAGCGGUUCGACUGCGCGCUCAUCAACCUCUACCCCGACGGCGAGUGCGCGUGUAAGUGGCACAAGGACCCGGACCUCGGUCGGCUGUGGGCGCGGGACAGCGUCAUCGUUUCCGUCGGCGAGACGCGCCGGUUCGCGUUCCGAAAAGACACGACGAGCGUUAAGAGCGACGUCGCGUCCGAUCACUGGUUCCGCCUCCGAGGCGGCGACUGCGUCUGGAUGUUCGGCGCGUGUAACGACACCUGGGAGCACUGCGUGAUGAAGGCGGAGGGGGAGAAUAACGGCGGGGCGAGGGCGAGCGUGGUGUUUAAGAGGAGCAUCCCUGGGGCGGGGGGGAAGCGAGGCCACGGGCUGGAGGGGACGGGGAGGAAGGCGCGGGCGGCGGCGGCGGCGGCGGCGGCGGCGAAAGGCGAAGGCGACGCGCGCGCGCCCGCGACGAGCGACGGAAGGAAACGUCGCGAGGUGAAGGCGUGGGGCGCGGACGUCGCCGGCGGCGGCGGCGCGGAGAGGAGACGACGCGGGCGAGGCGGCGGAAGAGGAGGCGGAAGAGGAGGCGGGAGAGGAGGCGGCCGCGGCCGGGGCGCGAGAUGA